GAGAAAAUAGAAUAUAAUCUUCUUCGCUCUCUGCUUGCUCGGGCAUUCAGUGCAGUGAGCUCCAAGCUUAAUUAGUGGCAUCAUGCUCACAGCGAUUCAGCGCGUCCUCAUCAGGGGGAGGAGAUCACCUGCAGCUUCCUCUUCCUUCGGCAAUGGCUUCGCUGCGGCUGCCGACUCGAAGAGGUUGGCCGGGAAGGUCGCCGUCAUCACCGGCGGCGCCAGUGGCAUCGGCAGGGCGACGGCCGAGGAGUUUGUCAAGAAUGGCGCCAAGGUCAUUCUCGCCGAUGUGCAGGACGACCUGGGACAUGCCGUCGCCGCGGAGCUCGGGUCGGACGCGGCUGUGUACGCGCGCUGCGACGUCACCGACGAGGCGCAGGUCGCGGCGGCCGUGGACCUCGCCGUCGCGCGGCACGGCCGGCUCGACGUCGUCUUCAACAACGCCGGCAUCGGCGGGGACCUCACGCCGACCCCCGUGAGCGCGCUGGACCUGGGAGACUUCGACCGCGUGAUGGCGGUGAACGCCCGGGCGGUGCUGGCCGGCGUCAAGCACGCCGCGCGCGUCAUGGCGCCGCGCCGCCGGGGCAGCAUCAUCUGCACGGCGAGCACGGCGGGGGUGAUGGGCGGCGUGGGGACCCCUCACUACAGCGUGUCCAAGGCGGCGGUGCUGGGCAUCGUGCGCGCCGUGGCGGCGGAGAUGGCGCGCUCCGGCGUGCGCGUGAACGCCAUCUCCCCCAACUACAUCCCGACGCCGCUGGUGAUGGGCGCCAUGGCGGGGUGGUACCCGGGGACGAGCGCCGAGGAGCACAGGCGGAUCGUGGAGAGGGACAUGAACGAGAUGGAAGGGGCGACGCUGGAGGCGGAGGACGUCGCGAGGGCGGCGGUGUACCUCGCCUCCGACGAGGCCAAGUACGUCAACGGCCACAACCUCGUCGUCGACGGCGGCUACACCGUCCGCAAGGCGCCCAACAUGCCGGCGCUCGCAGGCCAUUGACUAGUCCGUGCGUCGCCGUCAGGUUUGCGUGCCACGUGGUCACAACGACGAUGCCAUUUAUGCUUGGAAAAUAAUAGAAGGAAAAAAGUCUUCAGUAUUCACUAAACCAUAAGGUGCGAGGGACCGAUAUCAUUAAAAUGAAUAAUUUUAUAAUUCUUGGAAGGUACCAAAAGAUAUCUUACC